AUGGUGGGCGUCGUUGAUUCGUUCAUUUUUUCCCUCCGUCGAUCCUUUUUAAGAGAGAAAUAUUUCAAACUUUCAGUCUCUACAUUAGCUGUCUAUCCAUCUAUCAAUCUAUCUAUCUAUCUAUCUAUCUAUCUGUCUGUCUGUUCAAUGAAUCAACAAGGUCUGUUAACUUCUAUCUAUCUAUCUAUCUAUCUAUCUAUCCCUUUCUUUCUUUCUUCUUUCUUUCUAUCUAUCUAUCUCAGGCCCUAUCCCUUUUCUUCUUUUUCUCAGUUCCACUUUUCUAAUUCCUGCCCCGAUCUGUUUAAUCUUCCCAACUUUCUUUUUCCUCACUUCUUGCCAACUUCCUUUUUGUCAAACUCACUUUUUCUCUUUCUUCAUCAAAAUUUUUUUAUCUUUUCCCUUUCUCAAGCCUCUUCGACGGAAAAGGUUCUCAGCUUCUGUGAGCUUGAGCCAGACAAAUAUGUUAAAUUAACAAUCUCUCGUUCAUAUUUUCAAAUAACUUCUUUUCAUUUUCUUUACAUCGAUCUUUUCUUCGUUUCACUUUUAUAUUCUUUGUAUGUCUCUCUAUCUCUCUCUCUCUCUCUCUCUCUCUCUCUCUCUCUCUCUCUCUCUAAAAAUUUAGUUAUACCUUCUUUCAUAAAUCUUUCUUUUCUUUGUCUUUCUUUCUCUUUUUAUAUUCUUUGUAUCUCUCUUUCAACAUAUUUAGUUACCCUUUCUUUCAAACAUCUUUCUUUUCUUCGUCUCUCUUCUCUCUUUUAUAUUCUUUUGUAUCUCUCUUUCAACAAAUUUUGUUACCCUUCUUUCAAACAUCUUUCUUUUCUUCGUCUCUCUUUUUUAUUUUUUGUAUAUUCUUUGUAUCUCUCUUUCAAACAAAUUUUGUUACCCUUCUUUCUCUUUUUAACAUCUUUUUUUUUGUUGCUUCGUCUCUUUCUUUUCUUCGUCUUAUAUUCUUUUAUAUUCUUUCUCUCUUUCAACAAAUUUUGUUACCCCUUCUUUCAAACAUCUUUCUUUUUCUUCGUCUCUCUUUCUCUUUUAUAUUCUUUGUAUCUCUCUUUCAACAAAUUUUGUUACCUUCUUUCAAACAUCUUUCUUUUCUUUCGUCUCCUUUCUCUUUUAUAUUCUUUGUAUCUCUUUUUCUCCCUUUCUCUUUUUAUUUACCUUUUCUUUCAAACAUCUUUCUUUUUCUUCGUCUCCUUUCUCUUUUAUAUUCUUUUGUAUCUCUCUUUCAACAAAUUUAGUUACCCCUUCUUUCUUUUUCUUUUCUUCGUCAUCUUUCUUUUUUUUCUUUUUGUCUCUCUUUCUCUUUUUAUAUUCUUUUUUCUUCGUCUCUUUCUUUUUAUAUUCUUUGUAUCUCUCUUUCAACAAAUUUUUUUACCCCUUCUUUCAAACAUCUUUCUUUUCUUCGUCUCUCUUUCUCUUUUAUAUUCUUUGUAUCUCUCUUUCAACAAAUUUAGUUACCCCUUUCAAACAUCUUUCUUUUCUUUUCUUCGUCUCUUUCUUUAUUACCCCUUCUUUCAAACAUCUUUCUUUUCUUCGUCUCUCUUUCUCUUUUUUAUAUAUUCUUUUCAACAAAUUUUUUAUAUCUCUCUUUCAACAAAUUUCUUUCAACAAAUUUACCCUUCUUUCAAACAUCUUUCUUUUCUUCGUCUCUCUUUCUCUUUUAUAUUCUUUUUACCCCUUCUUUCAAACAUCUUUCUUUUCUUCGUCUCUCUUUCUCUUUUAUAUUCUUUGUAUCUCUCUUUCAACAAAUUUAGUUACCCCUUCUUUCAAACAUAUUUCUUUUCUUCUUUGUCUCUCUUUCUCUUUUAUAUUUCUUUUCUUCGUAUCUCUUUCUCUUUAUAUUUCUCUCUUUCAAAUUUAGUUACCCUUCUUUUCAAACAUCUUUUUCUUUUCUUCGUCUCUCUUUCUCUUUUAUAUUCUUUGUAUCUCUCUUUCUACAAAUUUAGUUACCCUUCUUUCAAACAUAUUUCUUUUUCUUCGUCUCUCUUUCUCUUUUUAUAUUCUUUGUAUCUCUCUUUCUACAAAUUUUGUUACCCCUUCUUUCAAACAUCUUUCUUUUCUUCGUCUCUCUUUCUCUUUUAUAUUCUUUGUAUCUCUUUCUACAAUUUAGUUACCCUUCUUUCAAACAUAUUUCUUUUCUUCGUCUCUCUUUCUCUUUUAUAUUCUUUGUAUCUCUCUUUCUACAAAUUUAGUUUUCCCUUACCCCUUCUUUUUCAAACAUCUUUCUUUUCUUCGUCUCUUUCUCUUUUAUAUUCUUUGUAUCUUUCUCUUUUCUUCGUCUCUCUUUCUCUUUUAUAUUCUUUUGUAAAUUUAGUUUUUAGUUACCUUUUUCAAACAUCUUUCUUUUCUUCGUCUCUCUUUCUCUUUUAUAUUCUUUGUAUCUCUCUUUCAACAAAUUUUGUUACCCCUUCUUUCAAACAUCUUUCUUUUCUUCGUCUCUCUUUCUCUUUUAUAUUCUUUUUACCCCUUCUUUCAAACAUCUUUCUUUUCUUCGUCUCUCUUUCUCUUUUAUAUUCUUUGUAUCUCUCUUUCAACAAAUUUUGUUACCCCUUCUUUCAAACAUCUUUCUUUUCUUCGUCUCCCUUUCUCUUUUAUAUUCUUUGUAUCUCUCUUUCAACAAAUUUUGUUACCCCUUCUUUCAAACAUCUUUCUUUUCUUCGUCUCCCUUUCUCUUUUAUAUUCUUUGUAUCUCUCUUUCAACAAAUUUUGUUACCCCUUCUUUCAAACAUCUUUCUUUUCUUCUUACCCCUUCUUUCAAACAUCUUUCUUUUCUUCGUCUCUCUUUCUCUUUUAUAUUCUUUGUAUCUCUCUUUCAACAAAUUUAGUAACCCCUUCUUUCAAACAUCUUUCUUUUCUUCGUCUCUCUUUCUCUUUUAUAUUCUUUGUAUCUCUCUUUCAACAAAUUUAGUAACCCCUUCUUUCAAACAUCUUUCUUUUCUUCGUCUCCCUUUCUCUUUUUUAUAUUCUUUUCUCUCUUUCAACAACAAAUUUUGUUACCCCUUUCUUUCAAACAUCUUUCUUUUCUUCAUCUCCUCUUUCUUUUAUAUUCUUUUCAUCUCCUUUCUCUUUUAUAUCUCUCUUUUCAACAAAUUUUGUUACCCCUUCUUUCAAACAUCUUUCUUUUCUUCGUCUCUCUUUCUCUUUUAUAUUCUUUGUAUCUCUCUUUCUAGAAAUUUAAAUACUCUUUAUUUCUUCUUCUGUCUUAUCUCUGUUUCUUUCUUUCUUUCUCUAUCUCUCUCUUUCUCUCAAUUUUCAUCCCACCCCCCAUAUUUAUCUUUUCCCUUCUUUUUUUUUAUCUCGUCUGAUCAUUGUCGUUCUUUAUUUUCUACCUUUUGCCGCUUUCUCUCUCGCCAUCUCUCCGUCUCAUUUAUUCUCUUUCUCUUCAUUUCCCUUUCCUUUUUUAUCUCUCAGAAUCUUUCCCUCUUUCUCUUUCUUCUCUAA